AUGGCGGUAGAAGGGCGCAAGAUAAAGGUAAUAUUCCCCAAGAAUCCUCCUGAUGUCUUCGAAGAUUGUGCCCAGUUCCCGACGCUGAAGCCAUCGCUACGAUGUCCGUUUCCUGGAAGAUGUGUCGAGGUAUGCCAGCGUUACUUUAUAUUAAUAUUGAUUUGCAAAGUCUUUGUUAAUAGCUUGUUUUUCUAAUUAAAACAACAAUAUAAGUCUAAUCCGUGUCAAAACUUUUGUAGAUAUUGAUGCAAUUGGCAGAAUACCUUCACUACGAGGUAGAACCCUUCCCUCUGACACUUGAUCGCGGUACUGUAAAUUGGGGGAACUAUGUAAGUUGAAAUGAACUCUUAUGUUAUCAUUUGUAAUGUAUAUAUAUAUUCAUUUACCCAUUAAACUUCAGCGCAACAAUACCUGGGAUGGUGUUCUUGGUAUGAUAGCCAACAACACCGCUGAUACUGUGUGUACCUUAUAUCAGCCCACAAUAUCGAGAAGAGAACACUUUGCAUUAUCGUAUCCUGUUACUUCUGUAAGUUUUAAAGAAAGUGAUCAGUAUAUGUUUAACCAUGAAGUUUUUCUCUAUAACAUUCGCAACUUUUUAAUUCUUUUAAGGUACGUCCCCUUUACAUAGUAAAACGGAACACGGACGACUUUUCCUCAGGACUCUGGAACGCGUUCAGUCCUUACGAAAACACAACAUGGCUUGCUUACUUGGCCAUGUUCUUUGUCCAAGUCAUAUUCAUGAUCUUCCUGUCUAGGGUCGAGAUUGAAAUUGGCAAAGGAGAUGUGUUCUCUCCGUUAGAGGUAAGAAUGUUAUGCAAAUGGAGGCAGUAAACUAUGUUUUAGACCAUAUGGAAACUCAUACGACUUCAGUUAUACCAACCUUUGAAUGUGGGUCAUUUUACUGUAGCAGGUAUGUCUUAAAAUAAAGUUCUGUCUUAUAAGUUGUACCUUGUAACAUACAUGUAUCUUAACUGUGUUAUGUUGCAGGCAACUGGACCAUUUUAGUCUUCUCAAUGGUGCAAUGUCGUUUGUUUUUGGACAUGUACCAAAACCUACUGCUCUCUUCGUUACUCCGCCCUGUAGACAGAUCACCGUUCAGUAAUGCUGAUGACAUUUUGAUACAAGUGCAAGAAAAGAAAUACUCGUUUGUCACCAAUUAUCUUGGGCAUUGGUAAGUAAACUUGACCUUUUUAAAACAUACCCUUUCUUUACAUUACGUAUCCUAUGGUUUGACUAAGGUUUAACCUACAUAUUAUACACUUACAGUCAUAGUGCAAGACCUACUUUUAGGUACUUCGAAGAGAUGAACAUGAAUAUCACAACCGGACACAUGAAACUGCUGCAGAACAUAACAGCAGAGAAUAAGGUUCAACUGGUUCGUACAAUACGACAAGCCCUCGACCUCGUAUCCACUGGUCGAUACAUAUACCCGAUACAAGAAGAUGCCCUAGAAGCCAUCAUAGCCAAAGACCGAUGUGAUCUCGCCUAUAUAAACGAAGGUAUGACAGAGAGAACAGCUCACUUUGUCUUUGCCAAGGAUUCGAAGGUCCAAGAAGAAUUCGACCGGGCGAUUCUGCAGAAUCUGGACUUCAUUCGACGUACUCACGAGAAGUACUUCUCCGAGGAAACCUCUGUCCCCAUGUUUCAGCGACAUAGACGGAUAUGUGUGGACAGCGGGGUGGAUAACGAGAUGAGGAAACCUUUAAGUAAGUUGAUACCUAUUACAAUACAAUUAAUGUUAACCUUGGAAUAUUAUUAUUGCCCAUAUAACUAUUCUAGCUAUGAUGUCCAUAUUCGGGAUCGUUGUGAUAGGCGCGGGCGGUUUCCUUUUAUCUGGUGCCAUUUUUGUGUUCGAGCUCUACUUAUUCUGGCAGAAACGCCUACUACAAUAUAAAACCCAUACUCGUAAGGUUUGGCACAGUGCCAUUAAUGCAGCAUUGCAAAAUCUGCCAGUGAUAACUCCAAAGAUAAAUAGUAAUGUGAAAGGUAUUCAAUUAACAAUAAAUAACAACAAUUCCUAA